UUGUGUGUUGUCACGUUAGUUCAGAAAAGAAGACAGUGACAGACUGACAGCCACUGGUGUCUGGUAACCGGGACCACCGAACCCGCGAGCCCUGGAAAAGAAGCCACGCGUCUCUCUGGAUCUGACUAGUCUCUCUCUGCACUUCUCUUCAUUAUCGCAGCUCACCGACUGACGCAGUCUGAACGGCCAGGCCGAUUCAAACGCAAAGAAACUCAACAGAACGAACGACAACACUGAUCGCGAUUCCUUCCUUUUUCAUUUCCGCACAAGCUAUCAGGUCCAUAUUUUCCCAGGUACAUGGAGAGGUUGAAAUUGGGUCAAUUGGGAGAGAGACUGAAGACUGGCGGGGCCCAAAUGGGUCGAUUGGUUAGCGGUAAAUUCAAGGAGAUGCUGCAGACUCCAACACCCGAGUCGAAGAUGGUGGACGAGGCCACCUUGGAGACAUUAGGGGAGCCCAACUGGGGCAUGAAUUUGAGGAUAUGUGCUUUGAUCAAUAGCGAAGAGUUUUCAGGGUCUGAGAUUGUUAGGGCCAUAAAGAAGAAGAUUUCGGGCAAGAGUCCUGUGAGUCAGAAACUGAGUCUAGAUUUACUGGAGGCUUGUGCUAUGAACUGUGAGAAGGUUUUCUCAGAGGUGGCAUCUGAGAAGGUGUUGGAUGAGAUGGUUAGGAUGGUUGAUAAUCCGCAGACUGAUCCUGAAAACAGAGAUAGGGCUUUGCAGUUGAUUAGAGCUUGGGGAGAGAGUGAGGAUCUUGCGUAUAUGCCGGUGUUUCAACAAACUUAUAUGAACUUGAGAACAAGAAGUGUGCCGCCUCCUCCAACAGAAGAUGGGAAUUCACCCGAUGUGCCAUAUUCCUUGGAGUCAUAUAUUCAUCAACAACCUCUGACUCCUGAAAAUUAUCCUGUUCCUCAGGGAGGAUUACAUGGUGUAGAUGGUACCGGCCUUCCCUACAACUAUGGGAUGUUUUCAAUUGAAGAGAAGAAGGAGCUUCUUGUAGUAGCUCGUAACAGCCUUGAACUGCUUUCUAGCAUUUUGAACACUGAGGCAGAGCCAGUGCCCUUAAAGGAGGAUCUGACAUUGAGCUUACUAGAGAAGUGUAAGGAGUCGCAACCGGUUGUCCAAACGAUUGUAGAAACAACCACUGAUGAUGAGGCCAUGCUCUUUGAGGCCCUAAAUCUUCACGAGGAGCUUCCGCAAGUCGUCAGGAGAUAUGAGGAACUCGAAAAAGCUCUAAAAUCUGGAGGACAACAUUCUGAAAACUCUGAUAACCCUGAAGCCAACUCCAUUGUAGACUCUGGAAGUCGAAACGAAACCAAGGUGGUCGAGUUCCAUGAUAAGGCAAAGGUAGAAAAUUCCUUGGGAGGUGAUACUACUGAAUCCAGCAGCAGCUCCCUCGUAGACUCUGGAAAUCGAAAUGAAACCAAGGUGGUCGAAUUCCACGAUAAGGCAAAGGUAGAAAAUUCCUUAGGAGGUGACACUACUGAAUCUAGCAGUGGCAAGCUCGGUAAUGAAUCCAGCAGUGGUAAACGCAGUGUAGACCAGGUUGCGCAAGUUGGCCUGUUUUGAAGGAGUAUGUAAUUGGCCCAUAUGUGCACUUCUAAGCCUUCUCUCAUUGUCUAUCAACUAAUUAGUUGGAUUGUACGUUUCUUUUUGUUGUUUUUGUUCAGCUUUGAUACAUUUAAUCAAUAAUAGUCCCAUAUGCAUGAAUAUGGACUAGUUGAGUCC